CGUCUCGGCCCGCGGGGCGCCGCCGGCUCCUCCCGCCGCAGCCGGGCCGGCCCCGCCUCCUGCUCCAGCCGCCUUCUGACACCGCUCCGCGGCCUCUCGGCCCGCGCCGGCCCGCUCCUCCUGCCGGUGCUGCCAUGGCCUGUUCCGCCCCUGGCCGGGCCUGAGCGCCGGAAGCCCGUGGGGCCGCAGCCCGGCCGGCCGCCGACACUGCCCCGGCCGCCGCCCGGCGAUCCCCCGCCGCCUCCUUCCCCGCCGCCUUCGCCCGGCUCCGCCGCUGCUUCCCUCGACCGCGAGGUCCCGGCGGGAGGCGGCGGCGGGCGCUGGCUGGAGCAGGCGGCGGGGAAGAUGGCGGGGAACGGCGGCGGCUUGGCCGGCGCAGGGAGCGGGGAGAUCAUCCAGCUCAACGUGGGCGGCACCAGGUUCAGCACAUCAAGACAAACACUGAUGUGGAUUCCAGACUCAUUUUUUUCCAGUUUGCUGAGCGGAAGAAUUUCAACACUAAAGGAUGAAACUGGUGCUAUAUUUAUUGAUCGAGAUCCAGCAGCAUUUGCACCCAUUUUAAAUUUUCUUCGCACAAAGGAGUUAGACUUACGGGGAGUGAGUAUUAAUGUCCUCAGGCACGAAGCUGAAUUCUAUGGAAUCACUCCUUUAGUGAGAAGAUUGCUACUAUGUGAAGAACUGGAACGCUCAUCAUGUGGCAGUGUCCUUUUUCAUGGCUACCUACCUCCUCCAGGCAUUCCCAGCCGUAAGAUAAAUAAUACUACUGGGCCACCGACUGACGUCAGAACGGGUCAGAGUGAGAGUGAGAUGCAUGGAGGUGGUGUCCAGCCUACACUUGCUGGUACGGGGGAAGGUACAGUCAGACUAGGAUUUCCUGUGGACCCACGCAAAGUCCUAAUAGUAGCUGGCCACCACAACUGGAUAGUAGCUGCCUAUGCCCAUUUUGCUGUUUGCUACAGAAUCAAAGAGUCGUCUGGGUGGCAGCAGGUGUUCACCAGUCCCUAUCUGGACUGGACCAUUGAGCGGGUGGCUCUCAAUGCCAAGGUGGUUGGAGGACCUCAUGGAGACAAGGACAAGAUGGUUGCAGUUGCCUCGGAGAGUAGCAUUAUCUUGUGGAGCAUUCAAGAUGGUGGUAGUGGCAGUGAAAUUGGAGUGUUCAGUCUUGGAGUGCCUGUAGAUGCUCUCUUCUUCAUUGGCAACCAGCUGGUGGCUACAAGCCAUACAGGGAAAGUCGGAGUGUGGAACGCUGUGACUCAGCACUGGCAGGUUCAGGAUGUUGUUCCUAUCACAAGCUAUGAUACUGCUGGGUCUUUCCUGCUGCUGGGCUGUAACAAUGGUUCUAUCUACUAUAUAGACAUGCAGAAGUUUCCACUUCGAAUGAAAGACAAUGAUCUUCUUGUGACAGAAUUGUACCAUGAUCCCUCCAAUGAUGCUAUAACAGCUCUCAGUGUCUACCUCACACCUAAAACAAGUGUAAGUGGCAAUUGGAUUGAGAUUGCAUAUGGCACCAGCUCUGGAGCAGUGAGGGUGAUUGUACAGCACCCUGAGACAGUCGGGUCUGGCCCUCAGCUCUUUCAGACCUUCACGGUUCAUCGAAGCCCUGUCACAAAGAUCAUGCUCUCGGAGAAACACCUCGUGUCAGUUUGUGCUGAUAACAACCAUGUCCGGACAUGGACUGUGACUCGGUUCCGGGGUAUGAUUUCGACUCAGCCAGGCUCAACCCCUCUUGCAUCAUUCAAAAUCUUAUCCCUGGAGGAAGCAGAGAGUCAUGGCAGUUACUGUUCUGGAAAUGACAUUGGACCCUUUGGUGAACGUGAUGACCAACAGGUGUUUAUCCAAAAAGUUGUUCCCAUUACGAAUAAGCUGUUUGUAAGGCUGUCUUCAACUGGGAAAAGGAUCUGUGAGAUCCAGGCAGUUGACUGCACUACCAUCUCGUCAUUUACUGUGCGAGAAUGUGAAGGAUCCAGCAGGAUGGGCUCCCGGCCACGCCGCUACCUCUUCACUGGACAUUCCAAUGGCAGCAUCCAGAUGUGGGACCUGACCACAGCUAUGGACAUGGUUAAUAAGAGUGAAGACAAAGAUGUUGGUGGCCCCACAGAGGAAGAGCUGCUCAAGCUGCUUGACCAGUGUGACUUGAGUACAUCUCGCUGUGCCACACCCAACAUCAGUCCUGCCACCUCAGUUGUUCAGCCAAAUCGUCUUCGGGAAUCUAAUUCCAGCCUCCAGCUGCAGCACCAUGAAACAAUCCACGAAACUGCCACGUAUGGUUCUGUGCGGCCAUACAGAGAAAGCCCCCUCUUGGCAAGAGCACGGCGGACAGAGAGCUUUCACAGUUACCGGGACUUCCAGGCUUUUAACUUAUCCAGCAAAAGCCCAACAGAAAAGGCAGCUGCUGCAAAUGGGAAUUCAAGCCAGACAGAGGCCAGGAAGGCAACAGCUGAGGGCAUUUCAGCUGAGAGAAAGGCGGUCCAAUCAACAGCACUUGAAGCGCGAGGCACAGGCGUGACAGAUGCAAGUGGGUGCUGCAGUACAGAUGUUCACCGCCUGCCAGAGAAUUCUCUGGAUCUCAAAAGAAGAGGACCUGAAGAAGAGAAUGAAACCAAAGCAGAAAGCAAAAAGAAAAUGGGAUUUGAAGGAGCUGGUUUCUUGGGAAGAAAGAAAGUGCCUCUCCUGGCCUCGGCACCAGUCCUUGCUGAAGGUGGGCCUGAAUUACCUGGUGCAGCUUCUCCAUCACCUACAAGAACAGCUGCUUCACCACGACACCGGAAGAAUGACUCAUCCUGCCAAGACUAUGGCUUGUGAAAACAUGUCUGGUGGCAAAAACAAGGUGCAGGUGCCCUCUGGCUGGUAGCAGGAAUGAUGUUACAUGGUGUGGGUUGUUUCUUGAGUGGGAUUUUGUUCUCAUAUAAACUGUUUUAUUCUGUUCAGAAUAAAACUUGUAAGGCUAUGAGAAAGUUCCUAGCUGCUGCCAAAGCUUUGAUGUGGACAACCCUUCAAUGUGUGGCUUUAUGUAAUGCUCCAAAAUGUAGUACGGUACUUGGUCCAAAAUAUUGUUGUGCAUUCUUGCGUAAUUGUGGUCAGGCAUGUGAUAUGUUGUCAUUAUUUUUGUUUUGGGAAAAGGGACAGUGCUAAAGGAAAACAUGGUUGCUGAGCAGAGGAUGCCUAGUGCUCUACAGUGCUGCUGCUGUCUUGGGUGGAUUUUGCCUAAUUCACAGAGCUGCCUCUGUAGUGUUGUUUAGUGAAUGGGAUCCUUGCUCUUUAUGCUGCUGUCUGGUAUCUGAAGUGUUUUGUGCAGGUUAAGGAGGAAGUUAUCCAAAAUAGCAUAUGAUUUUGUCUCUUAGUCCAAAUAAAUUACCAGAGGAGUGUUGCUUAUACUUUCUGAAAAUGUGUGGUAUUAGAUGAUGGAUUUUGCUGAUUGUGACUGAGAGAAUGCAUAAAAAUAUGCUUGGCAGAAUACACACAACUGGUAGUCUCUUGAGGGCUUCCUUGUCACUUUCUCUGGAAAAAGGACAGAGAUGAAUAUGGGAGUAGCUUUACUGUCAUGGUGUAAUAAUUCUCAAUUACAAGUGCCUUGACAUGGUAUUUCAUACCUGUGUCACACUGUUUGCACCUAGUUUACUGUGGAUAGUGAACAAGUUUUAUUGCCUGUGGAUUAGUAAUACAUAAGCAGAAAGGAAGGAUGUGACAGCAAGUGAAAAAGCGUGCUUGAAGUUCAGCAUUUAUUAAUGAUCUGUUUUGUUGGGUUUUUUAACUUGAGCUGAGAGGGAGGGGAAGAGGGAGUGAGAGAACACAAAGGCUACAACAACUUCCUAAGAAUUCCUUCAGUGCUGUUUAUUCACCUGUGCAUGAACACAAUUUUGUGGUGGAGCACUGUCAGGCCAGGAGAAAACAUGGACAUCUGGCCAUACAAGCCCCUUUUAGCCACAUGCUGUUUUUUGGACAUGUAAAAAGACUUUUCCUUACCAAACAUGCUGCCCUGCCCCCCUCUAUCUCUCCCCUGCCCCUACAACCCUCCUCAGCUGGGAAAGCUGGAUAAGAGACACAGAUAGGAGCCUCUACCUUCACAGUCUUUGACUACUGUAUGACUGAGGGAUUGUCAAACUAUUCUCUUACCUUUCUGAGGUGUCAGUGCUAGCACACAGUUUUUACUAUACAGUGAAAGGGAUGUUGAAAAAAAAGGCCAACUUACCCUCCUUCCCCAAUCCCCUCCCAAAAACCAGUUUUAUCUAUUAACUCCAGGGCAAGGGGUGGGGAAACAGCAGCCCUAUCCCUGCCUGCAAAGGCCAUGCAGGCUGCUUUUGGCAAGUUACCCACUUCCAUUUUCUAGAAAAGCUGGUUUUGUUCUUCAGAGGUGGGUAUCAGUGAAUGUGGUGUGCUCUUUGGUGACGGUGCUGAAGCCUUUGAUGACAUUGACAAGAUCUUCUUCAUCUACAUACUGUAAGGAAGGGAAAAAAGAAGCAUAUCAGCCAAAGCUGUACCAGACUAAAAGUGAUUCCUUCAUUUCUCUUUCCUCCUACCCACUAAAAAUGGUUCUAAAAUAGACAAAUAAGUGCAUUUCUAAUGUCUUCCCUUUCCUCCAAGGAUGAGAUAAGAACCUAAAGCAUUCAAGCACCUGAAUCCAAGACAAUUAGAUUUUCAUAAUAAGCAGUAAGUUAAAAAAAUACAAUCAAUCCUUACUCUAUCUAUUUGCCAAAUUGUCAAUAAUAUAGUGUUUGUUACAGUGUACUGGGAACUUGGAACCAUGAAAAGAAAAAAUACAUGUUUACAAUUGUGUUUUGUGUAACAAUCUCACACAGGAUUUAGGUAAAGUUUUGUUCUUCAUGCUUCCAAGGGAGUGUCUGAGCUUCCACACCUGCAUUAAGAGAAAGUUGAAAGCAGGAGAGAAAUAAGCCAUUUCCAUAGCAUAAGGAGGGCACUAGCAGUGUUACUGCAGGUUUGUGUCCUGGGCCCCUACAGCCUUUCACUAUGCUGAUGUGCAGUCUGGACAAAGGGGUGAACCAAACUUUGAAACCACCAUUCCUAAGCUACUGUGUGUAAUAAAGAGAAAGAACUGAC